AUGAUAGCAAACUUACGUUUCAAUAUUUCAGACAACAAAAUAUCUUAUCUGAUACAAGUGCCGAGCAAAAACCAUAAUAAAAACUGCUACAGCGAAGAAAUUGUUUGCCCAAAACUAUCCACAUUGGCAUUGUCCAGAAACGCCUUGGAUACAGUCGAACAAUUUGGGAUCGUAUCCAAUAAAUUACGUAUAUUGUAUUUGAGCUACAACAAAAUUGACAAGCUAAAUGGAUUAGAUGAUUUACGAAAUCUGUCUCGUUUACACUUGCGUGGUAACCAGAUAUCGAACUUGGAUGGUUUUACUGAUAAUCUGACGAAUUUGACGUACUUAAACUUGAGGGAUAACCAAUUAAGUGACGUAGAAGAGCUCAACAAAUUGGUGUGUCUCAAAUCAUUAAAAACGUUGGUGGUGUCAGAUAACAGUUUCAGCAAAAAUUCGAUCAGAUCAAAGGUACUGAAAUCGUUACCGUGGCUGGAGAGGAUUGACAAGGGAACUAUUAGCCCGGCUGAAAGGUGGCACGGAAAGUCACGUGGGGAGGAGGAAAAUGACGAGGAAAAUGACGAAGAGGAGGAAGAGGAAGAGGAAGAGGAGUAA